AAAUGAAGCCAUAGCGGUCGUCACAUUGUGAAUCUUCACGUUAAAGUGGGAGAUAUCAGUAUUUAAGUGGACAGUGGACUCCUCCAAAGUAUCAUUUUCCUCUGUGCAGUGUGCCAGUUAAACAAUGAGACCUUUAGUGAUCCUUACCACCUUGGUGGCAAUUGCCACAGCUGAGCCUCCAUCUGGCUAUAGCUACAGUCCCCCAUCAACUUCCUAUGGAGCACCCUCAGGGGGAGGUGGCGGUUUUGGAGGUGGUUUUGGAGGUGGUAGUGGAGGAGGCGGCUUCCACGGAGGAAGUUCUGGAAUAGGAGGCGGAUUUGGAGGUGGUUCCGGAGGUGGUUUCGGAGGCGGUAUUGGAGGAGGAUUCGGUGGUGGAUCCGGAGGCGGAUUCGGUGGUGGAGCCGGAGGCGGUUUCGGAGGCGGUGCCGGAGGUGGAUUCGGCGGCGGUUUCGGAGGCGGCAUCGGCGGUGGUACCACCGUCCAGAAGCACAUCUACGUCCAUGUUCCCCCACCAGAGCCUGAAGAGUUCAGACCACAAAGACCCAUCGUUGUAGGACAAGCCCAGAAACACUACAAAAUCAUCUUCAUCAAGGCCCCAUCUGCUCCUGCACCAACUGCCCCAGUCAUCCCAGUCCAACCCCAGAACGAAGAAAAGACCCUCGUCUACGUCUUGGUCAAGAAACCAGAAGAAGCCCCAGAAAUCCAAAUCCCAACUCCAGCCCCAACCCAACCAAGCAAACCAGAAGUCUACUUCAUCAGAUACAAGACCCAGAAGGAAGCCGGAGGUAUUGGAGGCGGUAUUGGAGGUGGUAUUGGAGGCGGCAUUGGAGGUGGUAUUGGAGGUGGAAUUGGCGGCGGAAUUGGAGGUGGUAUUGGAGGCGGUAUUGGCGGUGGUAUUGGCGGUGGUAUCGGCGGUGGUGAUUUCGGCGGUAUUGGAGGAGGUAGCGGAAUUGGAGGAGGCAGCGGUGUAUCCACCAGCUACGGACCCCCAGGCAAAUCUGGCCCCUACUAAGUCAACGAUCCAAACGUCACACGGCUUCAAGUCAACGCUUGACUUGAUGCGACCAAAUACACUUCUAUGGUGAUCACUUUUGCCUUUCGGUGGAAGGUUUUGGUGCGCGGGGAGAGGUGUGAAGCCACCUUAGCUCUUCAGUCAAAGACUAAGGUCGCCGUAUGCUAAAACGAAGGCGAAGUGGCUUCAAGCUUUUCUACGCGCAUUUGUAUAUAGUCUAUAUAUUAUUUUUGUACUUUGUAUAUUUUAUGAAUAAAUACGGUGACAAAUAAAUGUAUUUUUAUAGA